GAAACAAAGAGAAAACGCAUAAUUGAAAGUCGAGUGAAACGCAAUUCCCCUCUCGGCCAGUCGCCGUGCUCUUUGGGCUAGAAUUUGGUGCUCCUAGUCUUCCCUUAUCUGUUUCUCAUCCUCACCUUAAACAAUCCAACACUGACGUUCGUGUUGUCCUGUCCUGUUUCUGUUCUGUUCCUGUUUGUAAUAAUUACAGUUAAAAUGUAAAAACUUUCCUAUGCGUACAUAAUGUUUUUUUUCCCCUUGCUCCGACAACAACCGAAGAAACAUGCUUUCUCCGACGGCACAUAAGGAGGCCUAACACGGCGUCGUCAUUACGUGAACCGCCCAGAAUGCAUUGAGUUUCGUGGAAUAUGAAGUUGUUCAAUCCUAAAUUAUCAAGAUGGAGAAUAGUUGAUAGUUUCCAGAAUUUAAAAUUCGUCACUUGCAAGAAUCAAUGCAGGCCUCCUGGAAGCGAGGCAUUACCUGAAGGCAUUGUUUCACGGACUUCCAAUUUGCAAAUGAGACCAUUAUGGGGCUUUCCAAAGAGCAAUAAAAAUUCUUCAAGUAACUUAUUUACACUGGCUGUUGGAAUAAAGCAAAGAGAUAUUGUUGAUGAGAUGGUCAAAAAGUUCCUAUCAAGUAAUUUUACUGUAAUGCUUUUCCACUAUGAUGGCGUUGUUGAUGAAUGGAAGGAUUACAAGUGGAAUGAUCAUGUUAUACAUGUUUCUGCCCGCAAUCAAACUAAAUGGUGGUUUGCAAAACGUUUCUUGCAUCCUGAUAUUGUUGCAGAGUACAAUUAUAUUUUUCUCUGGGAUGAGGACCUUGGGGUUGAAAAUUUUGACCCUGAAAAGUAUGUAUCAAUUGUUAAAAGCAAGGGGCUUGAGAUAUCACAGCCGGCACUGGACACUAGUAAAUCAGAGAUACACCGGCAAAUUACUGCACGCGUGAGGAAAUCAAUAGUGCACAGAAGAACUUUCAAGCCUGGAAUUUGUGAUGGCAAUAGUACUGCUCCUCCAUGCACAGGGUGGGUAGAAAUGAUGGCCCCUGUUUUCUCAAGAGCUGCAUGGCGUUGUGUGUGGUAUAUGAUCCAGAAUGACUUGAUCCAUGCUUGGGGUCUUGAUCAUCAGCUUGGUUAUUGUGCGCAGGCAAGCUUCUUCGUGUUCUAUAGCUAUCUUGUUUAA